AUGGUGGAAUGGAUGAAAUCUGCUAGGAACCAGAAUAUUCCCUUAUCUGGUCCUGUUGUGCUAGAAAAAGCUGAAUUUUUUGCAGCUCAUCCGAAAGUUUCAAUUCAAACUUUGAAAGCCAUAAAGGUGGUUCACUUACCAAUAAAUUUAACUGCCAAAUUGCAACCAAUGGAUCAAGGAAUCAUUGAGAAUCUUAGAGUGAAUUACCGGCGGAGAAUUAUAAAAAGAUUGCUCAAGGCUUCGGAUGAGAAAAUGGGGUUGACUGAUUUGAAUUUAUUGGAUGCUAUUUUCGACUUGAAUAAAGCUUGGGCUGAUGUCACUAGUGAUACAAUUGCGAAUUGCUUUCGGAAGGCUGGCUUCGUGAUAACUGGCGUGGAAAAUCUUGCAACACAAGAACAAAACGAAACUUUAUCGGAUGGUACUUGUGAAGAGUGGGAUGAUCUACAAAGAAUGUUGGGCUUCACAGAAGUAACUUUUGAAGAAAUCAUUGACGUAGACACUAAUGUCAUUAUUGCUAGUGAACCUACAGAUAGUGAGAUAUUGGAUGGUAUAAAGGCACAAGAACCUUCAAAAUCUGAUGACGAUAAUGAUGCUGAGGAUCAGGAUGUGGCACCACCAACAAAAUUGAGAGAUGCUGAAGUUGGUUUAGCAAUUGCUUGCAGGUUUCUUUCUGAACAAAGUGAUUUGCCGAACACAAUCUUUGCUCCUUUAGUCAUGGUUGAAAACUUCUGCCAGAGAAAGAGUUGCAUCAAACAGAAAAAAAAUUACUGA